GCUGUUGUCUGUCGUCUGCUGGUGCACGGCUAUUCGCAGAGCAGUGACUAUUCGCAGGAUGACUGUGUAUUUACGUUUGAGGUUAGAGUUGCCCGAAGAUUGAGUCAUUCUGUCUGCUACAAGUGUUUGAUUUUGAUUUAAGCUGGAAUCUGGCACUUGUGUGAGUUGAUGGAUGACACCAUCAUGGUCCGAAUUAAAAUCUUUCUAAUCUGUUUAGGCAGUUUUCUAUCCUUUUCGGCGGGAAAUUUACACACUUUCGAGGAUUCAUUUGCGUUUGGUGCCAGUGAGAAUAUUACAUGUAAACAGUUGUUGGAACAGUUUGCCAAUACGUCUUCAAAUUUUGUUUACUGUGCUGUGAAAAAUGCUCGUCCCAUCAGAAUCUGUCAGGCGUGUGUGACAGAAUUGGAAGAUGUGAGAGCAUCUCAUGAAGCCAUUCUACACGUUGAAGAUGGUGAAGGGAAUGUCAAAUGUAAAGAGAAGCUGCUUAAUCUCGAUCGAUUGGAAGUCAUUGAGAAAGGUUUCACUUACAUCACUGACAUGUGGGAUGGAGCAAAUUGCCAAUAUUGUUUUGACUCUGUGAAUGGGUCUCUAGUUUUGGCAAACCAUACCACUCAAUUCUUUGAAUUAUUAAAUAGUACUCAGGUUUGCUUUCUUAAUCAUUCUACGGGUGAUGACACCUACAACAAAACUGCUUGUGUAGACUGUGAAAAAAUGUAUGGUGACAUGAAUUCAUUUUAUGAUGGUUUAAAGAAUUCUAAACUAAAUGAAUGCAUGGACAUAAAGGAUGCCAUGAAUGUGACACGAAUGUUAUGGAAUGACAAGCUGCAAUGUAAACAGAAGAUUCAACCCACGGAUGUAAUCUACUUUGGCUGUUCUGGUGCAAUUGCGGCACUCCCCAUAUUAUUUUACUUAGGUGCAAAGCUCUCCUCUUCGGUACUGAGAACUCGUUUACAAAUUCAAAAACGUUUAGCAGAAGUAAUAAGGCCAUCUUCCAGUGGAGACACCUAAUCUACCCCUUCAAGAUUAAUCCAGUGUGGCUGUGAUUUGAAAGUUUUAAGAUUUUAUCUUGCCAGAGUCAUUAAUUAUUGAAAAUAUAUUAGUAGCUAAUCAAUUAUUUUUUUUACUCAUGCAUUUAAAGUGUU